AGAGAGAGUGUGUGUGUUCGGAGCGCUGAUAUUCUGCUCACUUUCGGAGACCCAGACAGAGAGCGACUCCCCAGCGGGUAUCCUCGCAGAGCCGAACUUUGACGCCGGCAGAAGCGGACUCGGUCUCCAGCAAUCAGCACCUCGGACAGCGACGCGCCGCCGAGCGCCUCCACGCGCGAGCUCAGCCGCGGGAGGAGCGCACGGGGGCCCCCGCGCUUCCAUCAGCUCGCCGGCGCCGCGUCGGGACAUGGUGCCCCGCUGCCUCCGCCGCCCGCCGCCUCGCCACGGGCUGUAGCUCGCCCGAGACUACCGACAGCAGACACGUUGCCCCCCCCCCCCCCCCCCCCCCCCCCCCCCCCCCCCCGCCACUGGGCAACAGUUGACGACGAGUUUGCGUCCAGCAUGACGGCGGCGCAGGAGACCGAGCAAGCAGCGGAAGACUCGGCGGCGAAACUUGCACCACUCGACUGAGCCUCCGCGCGUUCGGCCACACUCUGGUGUCUCCACCGAAACGCGCGAGGGUCGCCGCGCAGAGCUCGCCACGCCACCAUGGGGAUGAGGCACCUGCUGCUGCUGCUCGUGUACCUGGACCCGCCGAGCGUGUCGAGCGCCGCCGCGGGCGGCAAACGACCAAAGCCGGGGCCCCGCACGGGGGCCAGGGCCACCGCGGCGCCCACGCUCGCCCCGCCGCGGAAGACGCCGGCGCCCGUCAGCAGCCACGACACCUGCCUGGGCUACUACGACGUGAGCGGCCAGUAUGACAAGCUGUUCGAGUGCAACAACACCGACCACCGGUACUGCUGCGGGACGUGCUACCUGCGCUUCUGCUGCGAGUACAAGAAGGACCGGCUGGAGCAGAAAGCCUGCAAGAACUACCAAACGCCCGUGUGGGUGCAGACGGCCGCCCCGUCGCCCGUCCCGACCGGCGAGACGUACGACCCGAGCAUGGAUCAGACCAGCACGGCGGUGUACAUCACCUGCGGCGUCAUAGCCUUCAUCAUAGUGCUGGGGGUGUCGGUCAAAGUGGCGUACGACAAAGCCACAGAGCCGCCCCAGGAAAUGAAUAUACACAGGGCCCUUGCAGACAUCCUGAGGCAGCAGGGGCCCAUCCCCAUAUCGCAAUACGACUGUGAGAAUUUCGCAGCGAUGAACGGCUCGCCCAAGGACAACACGCCAGUCAGAACCUCGUCCAAGAACCACUACACCCCGGUGCACGCCUCCAAAUCCAACCACGGACUCCACUAUGGAAAGGAGAGCAUCCGGAGCAGUGGAGGCGCUGACCUUCACAACUUCAUCUCCUCGGGCUUCGUGACAUUAGGUCGGGGCCAUCAGAAAGGAGAAAAACAUUGGCCGGUCCGCUCCCAGAGUCACCAUGGUCCCCAUCAGCACAACUAUAACCAUGUGGCUCUAGGUAGCCCCACACGCACACCUAAGAAUGCUCACCGAUCACUGAGACGUGAAAACAAUCGGAUAAGCGGCAUCCUGACCUCGCAGACGGAGCCCUACGACCUGUCUUUCUCUCGCUCCUUCCAGAGCCUGUCACACCUGCCGCCCUCCUACGAGGCGGCCGUCAAAGCCGACCUCAGCCGAUUCUCGUCGCUGAAGAAACUCACAGCAGAUAAAGAAGUCGAUGACUACUACACGCGUAAGCGACACCUGCCCGACCUUGCAGCGAGAGGCACUCUCCCGUUGCAUGUUCUCAAAAUGACUCAAGAGCAGCACCGGGAGCAGCAGCAGCAGCAGCAGCUCCAGAGCCAGCCCCCGCAGUCCUCCAUCUCCCAGGCCCCUCAGCAGUCGCAGUCUUCACAGCAGCAGGCUCAGCAAAGGCAAAGGCCCCGUCGCGUCCAGAGGGCCAUGUCCCAGGACCGCGUGCUGUCUCCGCAGAGGGCCCCGCAGGAGGAGUACAGCAUGUCUUCGAAUGGCAUGUCCCCAUAUGGAGGCAGGAUCCUCUCUGACGAGCAGCUCCUGUCCGCCGAACGCCUCCGUUCCCAGGAGCGCCUGCUGCCACAGGACCGCCACACCUCCCAGGACCGCUUGUACACCAAGGACCGCGUGUACACUAAGGACCGACUCCUGUCACAGGACCACCUGUACUCAAAAGACCGCCACUACUCUCAAGACCGCCUCUACUCACAAGAUCGCCUGUACUCACAAGACCGCCUCCUGUCCCAGGAUCCCCUGCUCUCGCCGGACAAGCUGAUGAUGUCCCUGAAGCGCGGCAUGGUCGGCAGCAUGUCCGGCGGGUUCCGCGGCAGCGACGUGUCAAUGUCCCGCGCAAUCUCGCACACGGACGUGUUCAUACCCACCACCCCUCUCAUGGAUCGUUACAAGAUGACCAAAAUGCACUCCCAUCCCAGUGCCUCUAACAAUGGUGGUGGCGGCGGCAGUGGCGGGCCACAGGGAACAGGAGGCAACGGGCACUCCAACACUUUAGCCAUGAACCAGACAGUCUCCAAGAGGCAGGCAUUUGCCUCCAGACGGACUCACACUGUGGAGCAGCUCCACUACAUCCCUCAGCAUCACCAGCAGCAGCAGCAGCAGCAGCAGCAGCAGCAGCAGCAGCCACAGCACUACCGCACAGGCAGCAAGACUGAGGUGACUGUGUAACGGCAGCCAGGGAAUAGUUGAACUGGACGGGGAGAAGCACUGUUGUGUGCCAGGGGGCGUUGGUCGGAUUGAGGUAUGCGGGUACACGAGUAGGAUGACGAUAAUUCACUUUCUUUGACUGAGGUUCCUGCAAGAGAUUCCACGACCAAGAACGUUCACUAUCUUACUGUGAGAGACCGGGAAAACUAUCUUCACUGUACACUGCAGACAGGUGCCCAGCUAGAUCUGAAGCCAGAGAGGGUUGUGUAUAUGGGGAGGGGUGGUAUUAUCCAGCUAACUUGCCUACUAUUAAUUCCACUGUCACGAUUUACCCUAUUCAUCCACAGGUUACAUCCUCAUUCUGUGUAUGUUUGAGUGAGGAGACACUAAUCACGUCUGUUUCCGCCUCGGCCGCCCCCCUUUGUCCAACAAAUCUAUUUUGUGACCUUCUCUGGCAAAUCUCAAAGGGCUUUGCAUGGUUAAAGAAAAAAGACCGAUUCCGCCGUGACUUCUGUUGUGCAACACAACGUCACCACAGGUGAUGAACAAGGAUGAGCCUGUAAUCACUUUAUAAAUAUAUAAAUAAAUGGAUUUGAAAAAGGAAAAAAAAGCUACCCAACCAUCUGUACGCCCUGUCCUUCUCAUAGCUCUAGAGAAUCUCGACGAGAGAAAAGUUGAAAUGGAUGUUUUCAGCACUUCUUUUUUUGGUGCCUCUGACGAAUAUUCCAUUUCCAAAAAUGAAGUGGUUUUGUGGGUUACAAAGCACAAUCAAUAAAAAUAAAAAAAAUUCUGUUCUGUUAUUGGGUUUUUUUGAGUUUGAAUAGUUGAUGGCUAGCUUGUUUUGUUUUGAAAGCAAUGGCGGGUUUUAUUUUUUUUGCUUCCAGUAGACGAUUGUAAAUAAGCUAUUUUAGAAGCCGUAUUAUGGACAAGUCAGUACUGGAUGGACUUUGUAUUAGACUAUCUGUUUUAAAUAGAUUCUUAAAAAAACCAACUAUAAAUCAUCACUGUUUCGUGAGUACAGAAUAGAAAAUCCACUUAACCAAGUAUUUGACAGGAUCAAUUAAUACUAUACUGUGUGUGUCUUUGCGAAACUGUUUGUAGAACGAAAAAGUGAACGAAUGUGUUGUUGAUAACAGAUAUACCACUGUUCAUUGGAUGUAGACUGUGUUCCAUUGACAUCGGAGGAGUUGAACAUCAUGGAAAUGGAUUAUAAUUCUUGUCAAAGUAGGGUCAAAUAAACCAUCCAUAUUUUUCUAAACAUUCAA